GUGAAGAUAAAAUAAGUUCAAGCAUACAUACUUCUGUGCGUCAGUCAGAAUACUAAUCGAACCUCAUCCUGAAAUUAUAAUUAAUUAAUCGUUGGAUUUUUGAAGUGAAAAAAAUUGACUAUUGAAUUUAAUGCAAUCCCUUAAAAUCAUGGAAGUGAGGCUGUUCAGCCUCGUGCUCAUGCUUCUCCAGAUCGAGGCUACCAGAAUCCAAAAUGGCGACCUACUCCAUGGUAUGAUCUCUGUUGUGUCUGUAAGUGACCCUCUGUAAGUACCUUUAUUCCUUUUCUUAUCAAUGAUUUCAUGAUUCCUUAUUGUUCUGUGUAUAGUAUAAUGUAAACAGAUAGUAUUUUGGGAAUGCUACUAAAAGCUACUUAUUUAUCAUAAAGACUAAAUAAAAUGUUUUGAAAGAUAUAAUUAAAAGUCAUAUCAAGCUUCACAUGAAAUGAUAUGCUUCAGUACUUGUAUAUCUGGCGAUGUGUGCAAAUGUCUUGCUGCUUUGUUGAAUUUUUCAGUUAACUAAUCUUUGAAUUUAUAUUUUAUAUCAGUGAUGGCUAACCAAGAUGAUAGAUUUCCCCUCCCUCUUCCCCCCGWACCAAAGAAACAAAGGGUAACAGCAAUCACAACUGACAAUGAGAAYAGCCAAGUAAAGAAGGAGGAGGAAAAUAGAUUUACUCGUUCGGUAAGAGCCCCUAGAGAUUGGUCAAAAUGUUUUAUAUGUAAAAACAAAACAUAUAAAAAAGAAAAAAAAAUGCUAAAUGUCUGCACAUUUGAGGCAUGUGAUAGUAUAAGGAAAGCAGCAGAAAUUAAAGAAGAUGUGGACAUGCUGCACACUCUCCGAAGUAUUAAUUACGACCUUAUAGCAGCCGAAGCGAAGUACCAUAAGAACUGCUUUGCUUUGUAUAUCAGMAAGAAAUCCUUWAAGUAUCAAGAUAGUAAAGGUGAUUCGCUUUAUGAAACUGCAUUCCAGGAGAUGGUGAAAGAUAUUGGAAUAGGUAUAAAUCAAGGUAAAGCAUACGACAUGGCAUCGCUACUUGAUAAGUAUAAAGGAUUCCUUAAGAAUAAUGGUCUAAACGCAGACMGCUACACCAAGCAACGUCUUAAAGUGCRCUUACAAAAACACUUUGCUGAUAGCAUCGUGUUCCAUCAGCCAAAUGAACGAAAUAAACCAGAAAUUGUCUACUCUAGCGAAAUAAAGGUACAAGAUGUACUGAAUGCCUGGGCACGAUUCCAACAGGCUGAACCAAAAGAAGAAGAACCAGGCGAAGUUAAGAAAGAAGAUAUUCUUCGUGUGGCAAGCUAUAUCAGAUACGAAAUAAAAAAAUGUAAGGGUAUUACCACAAGGCCUCUUGACACGAAAGAUAUAAGUUUAGAGUCAACCAAACACUWGAUACCUGACUGUCUUUAUUGGCUAAUACGGCUGCUCAUUACGUCUGAAGGCAAGGGUGACUGGAAAGGCAGAUCAAGCACGCGUACCAACAUGGUAGAAGAACGACAAGUUUUGAGUAUUGCACAAGACAUCAUCCAUUGCUGCACAAACAGUCGUGUAAAGCUGCCAAAGCACGUAAGUCUGGCUAUGUGUGUUUACCACUUAACCUCAUCAAAACAACUCAUAGCACUUUUGAACCGGAUCGGCCAUUGCUGCUCCUACGAUGAGGUCCGAGCAGUAGACACAAGCAUUGCAUUAGAAGUGCUAGCCAAAGCAGAAGAACAUGGUACAGUGAUUCUUUCCAAUAUAUCACCAGGCCCUUUUGUACAACUCGCCGCUGACAACAAUGACCUGAAUGAGGAAACUCUAGACGGCAAGAAAACUACACACGCUACCACCAUGGUGGUUUAUCAACGAAAAACGUUCGGUCCAGUUCCACCGCCGAACCCCCUUGUAGAUCACACCAAUAGAAGRAGAUCCCUGCAGACAUGUUUAAACGUUUACGAACUGCAAGAUUGUUCUGCACAUGGCAAGCGCCCUGCUGUUACAGCGUACAUUAAUGAGGUCGAUCAGGAAUGGUAUAAAGGAGAGAACACGGCCUUCAGAGAAGCAAGUCGCACMGAAGGUAUCUGGAAACUACUAAGACUAAACCCAUCAAAUGGAGAAGUAACAGAAGAGCAGCCUGUUCCAGGAUGGAGUGGUUUUAAUUCAAUUCUAUUCCCAGACAUGCCAGGAGAAACUAACAUUGGCUACUGCCCGAUGRUAGAUGGUGCCUCAACUGAAUUUAGUACUAUAUACACAGUUCUCAAACAUGCCCAGRUGAUAAGCGCAAGCUUGGGCCAAGAAGACACUGUCAUCACCUUUGAUCUUCUUAUCUACAUAAAGGCAAAACAAAUUCAAUGGAGGUUUCCUGAUGAAUUUUCUGAUGUUGUUAUUCGCAUGGGAGGUUUUCACAUUGCGCUGAAUUUCUUAUCAUUGAUCGGAAAAAAGUACCUUAACUCAGGACUUGACGAUCUCCUUAUAGAAUCUGGGGUAUAUGCUGCUGGAACAACAACUGCUGUUAUCAUGAAGGGCAAGUCCUACAAUCGUGGAGUCAGAGCCCACAAGUUGCUAAUGGAGGCUUUCUUCCGUCUGAUGUGGAGAGCAUUUGUUCAGUGGUAUAACAACUCCCAUGUCRACAGACACAUUGAGGAAGAMGACGCCCUAAAGAAGAUUACUGAUGGAGUCAAUGUCGUAAAGAACAAGGGUAACAUAUCCCAAACGAUUCAAGACCUAGAAGCAGAUCUGACCAAUCUAACAUCUUUGUUUAAAGCCUUCAUAUCAGAAGCUAAAGCCAAAUCCAGGAUGUUUUCCUUUUGGGAGCAGUAUGGUUCUACGGUUAACGCACUUCUACAAUUUAUCAAAGCAGAAAGGAUUGGGAACUGGGAGCUACAUCUUUCCACUGUCGCAACUUUGACACCUCACUUCUUUGCAAUGGACAGACCGAACUAUGCCCGCUGGUUGCCCGUUUACCUUGCUGACAUGCAUCAACUCAAGACAAAGCAUCCACGCGUAUACCAGGAGUUUUCUACAGGUGGUCAUUCUAUUAGUCGCUCCGGUCAACCAUUUUCACAAGUAUGGACUGAUAUGGCUCUAGAACAGUCCAUAAAUGCUGAUUCAAAGUCUUUGGGAGGAAUUGUUGGAAUAUCCCAAAGUCCAGCGGCACUUGAAAGGUGGUUUUUGUCUAUU